AGACUAGUGGAUACCGACAAUUGUGGCUUAAUUACAGGCUAAAAUACAGACUACCCAGAUUACCUAAUUCAAGGGAGCUUCAAGGCACAGCUACGUAUCUCGUAUCUUUUGAAUGGACAGCUCGCAUCAAGUUAAACCUCCCACAAAGAACAAGCACAACAUAUCCAAUUGCUUGCGACCGUGCGAAGCAAUUGAGUGAAACCACUCAUGAUUUAAUGUUUACAUAUCUCAAUGAUUUAAUUUCCUCCCUGCUUUGACUUUUCUCUCCCAUUGUCGAUACAAUCCACUAUAUCAAGGGACGCCGUGCCAAGGGGACCAAGAUGGCCGGUGCUGGUUCGAGCCAGUUGUCCCCAAGAUGGGCCGCUUUCUUGUGCCUUUUCGCUGUUCUAUGUUCACUUUUUACGCCAGGAGUUGCGGUGAAGGAAAAUGAUUUCAAGAAAUGUCAUCAAUCGGGCUUCUGCAAGAGAAAUAGAGCUUAUGCCGACAAUGCUGUUGCCCUAGGAUCCGAGUGGAAAGCACCCUACAAGAUUCCUUCCGAGCUGGCCUCGUUUAAGGAUGGCCAAUUCCAUGCUACCAUAUUAAAAACUAUCGACGAACAAGGAAAUACUGUCCAACUUCCCAUUACCGUAUCUUUCUUGAAAUCGGGUACGGCACGUGUUACAAUCGACGAGAAAAAGAGACAAGAUAAGGACAUCGAAAUUAGACACAAUAGCGGGGCUAGAAAAGAAAGAUAUAACGAAGCUGAAAAGUGGACUCUUGUUGGCGGCUUGGAUGUUGACACGGAUGCUAAAGUCUCCCAUGAGGGUGAGACUGGCAUGAAGAUCCAAUAUGGCCCCAACUUAGCAUUUGAAGCCGACAUCAAUUAUGAACCAUAUUCGAUUGAAUUCAAGCGAGAUGGCGUUGCUCAAAUCAGACUCAACGACCGCGGCCUGUUAAAUAUGGAGCAUUGGCGACCGAAGAUCGAGAAGCCGGCACCAGAGAAAAAGGAAGGCGAAGAAGGACAAGAAGAGAAGAAGGAAGAAACUCCCGAGGUAGCUCCAUCAGAAGACGAGAGCACUUGGUGGGAAGAGACCUUCGGUGGUAAUACCGAUUCUAAGCCUCGUGGACCUGAGAGCGUUGCCCUUGAUAUCACUUUCUUGGGCUAUGAGCACGUCUACGGAAUUCCGGAGCAUGCUGGUCCCUUGUCACUGAAGGAGACCCGCGGCGGUGAGGGCAACUACGCUGAACCGUACAGGUUAUAUAAUGCCGAUGUUUUCGAGUAUGUCUUGGACAGCCCAAUGACUUUGUAUGGAGCGAUUCCCUUCAUGCAAGCUCAGCGGAAGGAUUCCACCGUUGGUGUUUUCUGGCUCAAUACGGCCGAAACCUGGAUCGACAUCACCAAGGCCAAGGAAUCCAAGAACCCCUUAGCACUCGGAAUUGGUGCCAAGACCAACACCCAAACCCACUGGAUCUCGGAGUCUGGCUUGAUGGACGUAUUCGUCUUCCUUGGCCCAACGCCUCGCGAUAUUACUAAGAAUUAUGCCGAACUCACUGGCACCACUGCCCUACCCCAGGAAUUUUCCAUUGGUUAUCAUCAAUGCCGAUGGAACUACGUCUCGGACGAUGAUGUCAAAGAGGUUGACCGCAAAAUGGAUCGGUAUCAUAUUCCGUACGAUGUAAUAUGGUUGGAUAUCGAAUACACCGAUGACAAGAAGUACUUUACUUGGGACAACGACAUGUUCAAGGACCCCAUCUCCAUGGGAAAACACCUGGAUGAACACGGGAGGAAACUGGUCACGAUCAUUGAUCCUCACAUCAAGAAUGUCGGAGGUUACCAUGUCUCCGACGAACUGAAGUCGAAGGGCCUGGCUGUCAAGAAUAAGGAUGGUAAUGACUUCGAUGGUUGGUGCUGGCCUGGAUCUUCGCAUUGGAUUGAUGCUUUCAACCCGGCCGCCAUCAAGUGGUGGUCAAGUCUUUUCAAUUAUGAUAGAUUCAAGGGCACAAUGGAGAACACCUUCAUCUGGAAUGACAUGAACGAGCCAUCGGUAUUCAACGGACCGGAGGUUACUAUGCCAAAAGACAACCUCCACCACGGCGGCUGGGAGCAUCGCGACAUCCAUAACGUCAACGGCAUGACUUUCCAUAAUGCUACGUACGAGGCUAUGCUAUCGCGAAAGAAGGGCGAACUGAAGCGCCCAUUCGUACUUACCCGUUCCUUCUUUGCUGGCUCGCAACGUCUUGGUGCGAUGUGGACCGGCGACAACCAGGCCAGCUGGGAACACCUUGGCGCAUCUGUUCCUAUGAUUCUCGCCCAAGGAAUUUCUGGUUUUCCCUUCUCCGGUGCUGAUGUCGGUGGUUUCUUUGGUAACCCAGAACUGGAACUGCAGAGUCGUUGGUAUCAAGCCGGUGCCUUCUAUCCCUUCUUCCGAGGACACGCUCAUAUUGAUGCCCGGCGCCGGGAACCAUUCCUCCUUGCGGAGCCGUAUCGAUCUAUCAUCACCUCUGCUUUGCGUCUCCGCUACAGCUUACUUCCGGCUUGGUACACCGCAUUCUAUCAUGCCAAUCAAGAUGGUAGCCCUAUCAUUCGUCCUCUAUAUUGGACACAUCCAAGCGAAGAAGGUGGUUUCGACAUCGAUGACCAGUUCUUCGUUGGAUCGACUGGUCUUUUGGUUAAGCCGGUCGUGGAGAAGGAUAAACGUUCUGUGGAUAUUUAUAUUCCGGAUGACGAGGUUUAUUAUGACUACUUUAACUACAAGAAGCUUGCUACAACUAAAGGGAAAUACUUGACCGUCGACGCACCCCUCGAGUCUAUCCCCGUUUUGAUGCGCGGCGGACACAUCCUACCUCGUCGGGAUACACCGCGUCGUUCUACUCAGCUGAUGAAAUUCGACGACUACACUCUUGUUGUGGCGGUUGGCAAGAAUGGCCAAGCGGAAGGUGAGCUCUACGUCGACGAUGGCGACUCCUUCGAUUAUGAAAAGGGCCAGUACAUCCACCGCAAGUUCAAGCUCGAGGGCUCAACCCUUACUUCUACCGAUUCGGAAGGCCGUGACGCCAAGAGCGUGAAGGAAGGGCAGUGGUUGAAGCUCAUGCGCGGUGUAUCCGUUGACAAGAUCAUCGUCAUCGGGGCGCCUUCAUCAUGGGCAGACAAGAAGGAAGUAGAAGUUGAGUCCGAGGGCAAGAAGACCUCGGUGCCAUUGGACUACCACAAGGCGGAAGGUGGCAGGGCUGCUUUUGCGGUUAUAAAACGGGUCGGUGCUAGGAUUGGCGCUGAUUGGACCGUAUCUUUUGCUUGAAAGGCGGGCUGUGGAUGGCGUACCUAUUAAGGUAGAUAGAGAUGAGUAUGAAUAUGAAUGACUACUUGAAUGUACGCUUGGCGUGAGUAUUGGAAAAUAUGGGCUAGCUCAGUCACGUGAUCCCCCUUUGUUCUACCAUGGUCUGCAUUACCAACUUUGA